AUGGCAGCCCUUCGUGCUUGGGUGGCGUUGCUUGAAGAUGUGAAGCUUCAAGCAGAUUGGCCGACGCUUUGCUUCCUGGGCCUGGGCCCGGCCUCGGCAGAUCUGUUCCUAGCGCUCACGCGCAUCCUGCCAGAGCUGCAGGUGGUGCUCAUCGACGUCGAGGAGGUCCGUUGGAUCGGCCUUGCCGCCAAGAUCUGCUGCGACGCGGUGCAGUGGUCAUUGGACACGCCAGCAUUCUCCUUCUACAGGUAUAGAGAGCUGUUCUACUCCUCGCAGUUUGUCUUGGGGAUGUUGAACAUGCAGGGCUGCUAUCCCCCCUUCGUGCUGAACGGGAUGCCGAGUGACAGAUACUACUGCGAGUAUCUCUACAGCAACUACAAGGGGACGGUCUGCGGGAAAUUGGACGAGAACAACUUCUGGAACGUCAACGGCCAGGAAUUGUACUUUCCUACGAUUGAUGCUGGCUGCGGGGAGCACAUCUGCCUUUGCCACGGCCACUCAGACACGUUUGUGGACUCCAACCUUGAGCACCUCUGCCGGAAAGGGGAGGAGCCCAGCUUCAUGGGCCAGUGGGGCCAGGACCGGUUCCUCGUGGAGAACGUCUUUGGGACACGAGAGGGCCCCGGACUCUACGUCGACGUGGGCACGUCCCACCCUUACCACCUCUCCAACACCGCGUUCCUGGACAACUGUUUGGGCUGGCGCGGCGUGUGCCUUGAGCCGAACCCACGGCUCAGCAACGUCAUCCGUGGCCUCCGGACAUGUUCAGUGGUGGAGGCGUGCGCCUGGGCGAACCAGACUUCCAUGAAGUUCUCCAACCACAUGGAGCUGGCCACCCGCACAGACAAAGAAGAGCUCAAGCCAAGCAGGCCCGGGGAGAUGUCCGACCUCCACCCUUCAGAGACCUUCUUCGAGGCACGGUGCGCACCCCUACACGAGCUGCUGCAAGAAGGCCUGCUGCAAGUCCUGGAUGCGGAGGAGCUUCAGGCUGCCGCUAGCGGCCACUGGAAGCCCAGGAUCGACCUCCUUUCAGUUGAUGCGGAGGGAGCAGAGCUCGAGAUCUUCAAGGACUUCCCCUUUGAGGCUUGGGACAUCCGCUGCAUCGUGGUCGAGACGAGCCGGCGCACCUCCAUGGCCGUGGACAGCCUGCUUCUUCCCCUGGGCUUCGUGAAGGUCGCCAUCCUGGGCAAGGACGCCGUAUAUCUCAGCCACUUGCAGAUGACCAGCUUUCCAUCAGGUGGCUCUCUGCAGCUGCCCGAGCAGAUCGCCUGGAACGCCCCGGGCUCCGAAGCUGACACCAUCGAGUACCGCCGCUUCCAGCGCAUGUUCGGCUUGGAUGCUGACCUCGAUGUGGACCGCGGGGCCUUUCUUGGAGGUUGUGAGACCAAGCACUAA